CGAGCAGCGCCGGAGCGGGAGCGGGAGCGGCGAGCCGGGCUGUCCGGGUGCCCGGGAGCUCGCCGCGCACCGGGGCUGGGACCGCAGACAAAGGCGCCGCUCGCCGGCCGCCGCGCUCCGGGGCUCCGCGUGGGAAGGAGACUCGGUCUGAAAGAUGCCGGGUUCCCGCAGCCUCUCGGAGUCCAGCAGAGCACAGUCUCGUUCGAAGAGGCAUGGAUGAGGGGGUGACAGAGGAUGCUGCCCCCUGAAGCCUCCAGAGGUGCCUGGCCUGGCAGCUGAGCUCCCCUCGGACCUGGGACUUCGGGUGUAACUUGGUGUGCAGCUCAUGGGAGGGGCAGGGCUUCUCCGGCUUUCUUCCCCGAUGCCCACCAGCUAGCUGGUUUGGGCUGCAGGAUCUAAGGUGAGCCGGCAGAAAGGGGAGCUGGCCGAGGUAGAAAGAAGCCCCGAGAAGCCUCCAGAAUUCAUCGUUGGGAUCCCUUCAGUCUGCCCGGGACGCAGAGAGCAGCUGCGAAGCUGCCAGAGGCUGUGAUACAACCGAGCUUCGGACCAUCGUCAGUGAAGGAACGCAGAGCAGCAAAAGCAUUUCAGCCCGAAGGAACUUCUUUCAACAAAGGACUGAAAGGGGAGAGUUUCUGCAUCUUUACUUGGCGGUCCCUUAGGAGAGAAACCUUGCCGUUCACAUAGAUAACGAGAUCGGCUUCUCUGUCCAAGAUGCUCCCUGUGAAAGAAGCAUGAGCCAUUCUCAGCGUGGGGAAGGGCCCGGGACACGCAGGAGUGGGUGGACAGCCCUCCCAGGGCUUGUUAAGAAAACAGCCUGAGCCUCCAACUUCCGCAGCUCAGCAAGCAUGGACAUGUGCCACUCUCGUCUCCAGGGAGCGGGUGGCAGUGACAUCACCACGAGAAAAAGCAUCCCUCAGCCUCGGGACUUGACAGAAUGAGGUGCGCUGGGGAGGCCACCAGCCGGGACCCGGCCUUUCCCGACCGCCCCUCCGUCCCACGGGCGUCCCCUGACCACCACUGAGCCAACGAUGGCCGAGAAGGGGGACUGCUUCGCCAGUGCCUACGGCUAUGACCUCGGUGGGCGCUUUGUUGACUUCCGACCCCUGGGCUUCGGCGUCAAUGGGCUGGUGCUGUCAGCCACGGACAGCAGGACCUGCCGGAAGGUGGCCGUGAAGAGGGUCACCCUGAGCGACGCCCGCAGCAUGAAGCACGCCCUCCGGGAGGUCAAGAUCACCCGGCGCCUGGACCACGACAACAUCGUGAAGGUGUACGAGGUGCUGGGGCCCCAGGGCGCCGACCUGCAGGGCGAGCUGUCCCAGUUCAGCGUGGCCUACAUCGUGCAGGAGUACAUGGAGACCGACCUGGCCCGCCUGCUGGAGCAGGGCACGCUGGCGGAGGAGCACGCCAAGCUGUUCAUGUACCAGCUGCUCCGCGGGCUCAAGUACAUCCACUCGGCCAACGUGCUGCACAGGGACCUGAAGCCCGCCAACAUCUUCAUCAGCACCGAGGACCUCGUGCUCAAGAUCGGGGACUUCGGCUUGGCGAGGAUCGUCGAUCAGCAUUAUUCCCACAAGGGUUAUCUGUCAGAAGGCUUGGUAACAAAGUGGUACCGCUCACCACGCCUGCUCCUCUCCCCUAACAACUACACCAAAGCCAUCGACAUGUGGGCGGCUGGCUGCAUCCUGGCGGAGAUGCUCACAGGGAGAAUGCUCUUUGCAGGGGCUCACGAGCUGGAGCAGAUGCAGCUCAUACUGGACACCAUCCCUGUGAUCCGCGAGGAGGACAAGGACGAGCUGCUCAAGGUGAUGCCUUCCUUCGUCAACAGCACCUGGGAGGUGAAGAGGCCCCUGCGCAAGCUGCUCCCUGAAGUGAACAGUGAAGCCAUCGACUUUCUGGAGAAGAUCCUGACCUUUAACCCCAUGGAUCGCCUCACAGCCGAGAUGGGGCUGCAGCACCCCUACAUGAGCCCGUACUCAUGCCCCGAGGACGAGCCCACCUCCCAGCACCCCUUCCGCAUUGAGGAUGAGAUUGACGACAUCCUGCUGAUGGCCGCCAGCCAGAGCCAGCUCUCCACCUGGGACAGGUUCCCCGUGAGCCUGUCAUCCGACCUGGAGUGGCGGCCCGACCGGUGCCCCGACGCCAGCGAGGUGCAGCGGGACCCGCGCGCAGGCUCGGCGCCAGCGGAGGACGUGCAGGUGGACCCGCGCAAGGACUCGCAGAGCAGCUCCGAGCGCUUCCUGGAGCAGUCGCACUCGUCCAUGGAGCGCUCCUGCGACUACAAGGUGGGGUCGCCGUCCUACCUGGACAAGCUGCUGUGGCGCGACAGCAAGCCGCACCACUACUCCGAGCCCAAGCUCAUCCUGGACCUGUCGCACUGGAAGCAGGCGGCCGGCGCGCCCCCCGCCGCCUCCACCGCCUCCACUGCCGGGGCCGCGGACGCCGGGGCCCUGGACACCGGGGCGCGCCGCGAGGACGAGCCGGCCAGCCUCUUCCUGGAGAUCGCGCAGUGGGUCCAGAGCACCCAGGGCGGCCAGGAGCCCGCCAGCCCGCCCCGCCAGGUGCCCGAGCGCCGCCUGUCCGCCUCCCCGCCCAGCCGCCCUGCCCCCGUGGACGGCGGCGCCAGCCCCCAGUUCGACCUGGACGUGUUCAUCUCGCGCGCCCUGAGACUCUGCACCAAGCCCGAGGACCUGCCGGACAACACACUGGGCGACCUCAACGGCACGCGCAUCCCCGAGUGCCCCGCCGAUCUCCUGCAGACAGACACCUUCUCCAAAGAACGCUGGUGAGGCCGGAGGGGGGCGCUGCAGGCCCCUGCACCCCCGCGGGAGGCCACCCGGGAACGCGGGCCC